AUGACCGCGGGCAAGGCCUCCGAGGGCGGCCUGUCCUACUCCAACCUCCUCCAGGAGCUGUUGCUGGCGCUGCUGGGCCACGCCGGCGAUGUUUUUGUCGACAAGGCGACAAACAGGGGCGUCUUCAAUCUCUCAGAUCCCGAUGCUCCAUCGUUCCAGCUGUCAGAUGACAUAAGCUCAGUGGCUCGACCAGACAGGGAACUGCUCAAUGAUCUUGUCAAGCUGGGAUUCCACUACCGGGCCCUGGAUGUCUUUGUGGAAAAGGAAGGAGUGCCAAGCCCCUCAUCUGUGGGGGGUGGCAUGUACAGAAGGGCUCUGGCAGCGGGUGUGUCAGAAUUGCUUGCUGUAUACAAAGCCGCCAUCCUGCAGAUCCAACAGCAUCUGAUGACCGAGGCCACUCCUGUCAUUCCGGCAAUCAGGCAUUUUUUGAUUGAUUUUGAGGCAUUGUUGCCACACUUGCAUCGCUUGGUCCAUCACGUGGAGCGGGAUGGCAUCAACGGCAGCCAACUGCUGGGCCUGCUACACUCCUCAUCACGGUGUGGCCUGCCGACGCUGCAGUCUUGCCUGCAGAGGCUGCUGUGGCACUGCAACCAAGUGCUGUACAAGCAGCUGUCUGGAUGGAUUGUUCAUGGGCUUCUUCUUGACAGGAGCAGAGAGUUCUUCAUACACGAGGUCAGCGAUCCGAACGGGGCUCUGUUGGGUGAUCAGGAUGGUGAGGGAGAGCUGGAUGAAUGGCACAAGGGGUUUGAGGUGCAACUCACAGCGCUGCCUCCCUACAUAUCACUCACAACAGCUGAGAGCGUCAAGUUCAUAGGCCAGGCCGUGCGGCUGCUUCGACAGCCCAGCGGCAACUUCCAGGGCCAGGAGCUGAUGCCGUACAGGGACACCCUUGCAUUCGCAGAGGCGUUGAGGAAGCUACAGGAGCAGCCUGUCUUCAACAGGGUGGCGUUGGAGAGGGUGGUGGAGGCGGUUCGGACGAAGGUGGCCUCGCAUCUGUGGCACCUGGUGGUGGUGAAAGCCGAACUGCCCAGCCACCUGCAGGCCCUGAAAGAUUACUUCCUGAUGGCCAAAGGGGAGUUCUAUCACAACUUCCUGGUGGAGGGCUCCAGGGUGAUGAACCUGCCACCGCGAGAGGCCACAGCUGAGGCAGACAUCAAUGUGCCCUUCCAGCAGUCUGCAUUGAAGAGCACUGCACAGCACGACAAAUUCUUCCAGCUGAUUAGGCUACAGUGGCGGAAGGACGACAUACAGGUGGUCCUGGGCCCGAAGCGCUUCCUGCAAGUCCCCAGGUAUGACGAGUACUGGGACAACAUGUACCUGAGCUACAAGGUGGGCUGGCCCCUUGGCCUCAUCAUCACUCCCGCAGUUCUAGCAAGGUACAACGGCAUGUUCCAGUACCUUCUGAGGCUGAAGCGUGUCCAGUUGGGACUGGAGGAGGCAUGGCAGAGCAUGUGCAGCCGCAACUGGAGGGGAGACACGAGAAGCGGCGGUGUGAGCUCUUCUCGGCUUCCGCUGUGGCAGCUGCGCCAGCACAUGGCUCACUUCAUAACGAACCUCCAGAUCUAUAUCCAGGUGGACGUCAUAGAGUCCAAUUACGCGCAGCUGCAGCAGCGCAUCGCGGAUGCCCAGGACUUCAUGGAAGCGGAGCGUGCGCACAACAGGUACCUCAGCACCCUCAUCUUCCAGUCCUUCCUUUCCACCGUCUCCAUCAGCCGCCUCCUGCAGCAGGUCUUCCGCGCCUGCCACUCCCUGUGCACCAUGGUCCGCCUGGACGACGGCUCGCCGACCUGCGACGCGGCGGACUGGCGCAAGGUGGAGCGCCUGGGACGCGAGUUCAACGCGUCCGUGGGAUCCUUCUACUCGCUGCUGCAGAGCGACCGCCUGCAGGAGCAGAGCAAGGCGCCGUCCCUGCGCCGCUUCUUCCUGCGGCUCAACUUCAACGACUACGUGGCGCGCACGUCGCUGGAGAGCUAUCGGCAGGAGAUCGCGUCGGCGGGCGGGGAGGGGUCGGCGCGGGGAAAGGGGUAG